AGAAGAAGAAGAAGAAGAGAAGGUUCCAAUGGUCCCAUUUACUUUUUGCUUCAACUUUGGUCUUAGAUAUAUUACUUAAAUGCUGAUUUACAAGUGGUUGUGGAGAAGAUGUGGGGAAGGUAUUUGACUAGGCAUGGUGAUGGUCGUGAGAGAUUUGUGUUUGAAGUCUGGAGUUGGAAGAAUGAGUGUGGGGGGGCACCCUAUUAAAACAACUAUGCUGCGUGGGUUCUUCUCGAGUUAAAAAUUAAAAAGCUCUCUAGUUUGGAGUUGAAUGGCUGAGAUUGAUCCAACUUACAAACCCAAUCAAUCCAAUGGCCCAAAUUUAGCUCUGAAAAAUCUUCCUCCCCCUCAAGUUCAAUAUCUCGCCCAUAUCCUCUCUGUCACACACAUUCUCAAAGUCACCCCACCAGCGGCGACCGAACUAUCCAUUACAAAAGACCCAACAGACAUCAUAGACGAAGCCCUUGCAAGAUCCAGUUAUGCCCUCUGUCUCUCUUUCUCUUCCUCUAUCUAUCUUUGUACACGCACGCAACACACCAUGCACAUAGCACACACACACACAACACACUCGGAAUAACUAGGUGAGGUGGAGUUUCUUCUGAUGCAAUACAUAUUUCUAUAUAGAGUUGGUCACUUUCAAUGUGUCAAUUUGCAUCUUUAUUACAAGUACUAUGUGAGGUGCUAAUCGUGGUGUUAU